UCUUUUCUUCUAAAUCCUGCAAAAGUCCAAAUCCACAUUUGUAGAUCUCCUCCUCUUCUUCUCGUUCACUUCUUCAAGAUCCAAUCUUUGGCCUCCAAUGGCCGCAUCCAAACCCUCGAAGCUCUCCAAGUCCGCUUCCACAAACCUAAACAGCUCCAUUUCCUCCAAAACUCAACCUUCCUCUUCCCUCUCCUCCCAUCUCGCAAUGGUAGAACUCAAGUCCCGGAUCCUGGCGGCGCUCGCCAAGCUCUCUGACCGCGACACCUACCAGAUCGCCGUGGAGGACCUUGAGAAGAUGAUCCGCGGCCUCUCCGCCGACGGCGUGCCGAUGGUGCUCAAUGCCCUCGUUCACGACUCCUCCUUCCCUUCGCAUGGCCUGCAAGAUCCCGCCGGCUCGAAGAACGCAUCUUUCCUCAUCGCCCGCCGCGAGACGCUACGCCUCCUGGCAUUCCUUUGCGCCGCCCACACCGACGCGGCGUCUGCCCACCUGCCGAAGAUCAUUGCCCACAUUGCUCGCCGAGUGAAGGAUCCGGCUUCCGACUCCUCCGUCCGGGACGCGUGCCGUGAUGCUGCCGGCUCGCUCGCCGAUCUCUACCUCCGGCCCCUGUUGGCGACGGCUGCGCAGGAGGACGCCGCUGGUGCCACUGGUGGGUCGUCUCCCGUGGUGACGCUGUUCGUAAAACCUCUAAUCGAAGCAAUGGGGGAACAGAACAAGGCGGUACAGGGAGGGGCGGCAAUGUGCCUCGCGAAGGUGGUCGAGUGUGCCCGCUGUGCUGGUGGGGAGGGGGAAGAGGAGGGAAUGAUUGCGUCGGCAGGCGGGGCGAUGUUUCAGAGGUUGUGCCCUAGGAUCUGUAAGCUUCUUGGUAGUCAAAGCUUUCUAGCAAAGGGAGCCUUGCUUUCAGUUCUCUCUAGCUUGGCCAAGGUUGGGGCAAUUAGUAUGCAGAGCAUGCAACAAGUGCUGCAAAGUGUUUGUGAAUGUCUUGAGAGUAGUGAUUGGGCUACCCGUAAAGCUGCUGCUGACUGUCUGUGUGUUAUAGCCUCGCACUCGAGCCAUUUGAUUUCCGAUGGGACUCCAGCAACGAUAGCUGUUCUUGAGGCUUGCCGUUUUGAUAAGGUAAAACCAGUCAGAGAUAGUAUGACGGAGGCAUUACAGGCAUGGACGAAUAUCGCAGGACAAAUUGAGAAUGUAGUUUCAGGAGAUGCAAAAGAUUCUAGAAAUCCUGAUGUAUCUGCUAAAGACGAGACAACGUAUCAUAAAAGGUCCAGCCCUAGAAAAGAAUCAGAAUCCAAAAGCACAUCUGCUGGUUCUCCACCAACUGAAAACGAUUCUAUAUCCAAGGGAAAAGGUACUAACAUACCAGAGAAAGCAGUGGUAAUGUUGAAGAAAAAGGCACCAUCUUUAAGUGAUAAAGAAUUGAACCCAGAAUUCUUCCAAAAGCUCGAGAAAAGGAGUCAAAAUGACUUUCCAGUAGAAGUAGUGGUGCCUCGUAAGUUCUUACAAUCUUCUGAUUCGCAUAAUGAAGACAGGUCAAAAGCAACUUAUAUUAAUCCAAUGGGAACGUCUAAUGGCACUGGAGCAAUGUUUCAGGAAUCAGGUGACAUUAAUGCACAUAACAAUUUAAAUUAUCAGAAUUCAGUGAAACGUAUAAGGGAUCACAAUAAGUUGCAAGACCUGCUCGAUCUUACUCAAGACACUGGGACAGAUCAAAGAGGAUUCAUAGAAAAAGAAUCCAAAGCAAGACCUAUCUCUGAUGUUGAUAGAUCAGAAGUUGUUGGGGAUCCCUCUCUUGGCCGUGUUAAUGUUACAAGACCUGAUGUGCAUGCUGAAGGAUCCUUUAUGGGCAACAAAUCAAAUUGGUCUGCAAUACAGAGGCAGCUUACCCAAUUAGAGAGGCAACAAUCAAGUCUUAUGAAUAUGUUACAGGACUUUAUGGGAGGCUCCCAUGAUAGCAUGGUAACUCUGGAAAAUCGAGUCAGAGGUCUCGAGCGAGUUGUCGAAGAAAUGGCUCGUGAUUUGACAUUCUCAUCUGGAAAAAGAGGGGGAAACAUGAUGCAUGGGUUUGACAGGUCUCCGGGUAGGUCAUUGGGCAAGUUCAAUGGUCUGUAUGAUUUUUCCAGCUCAAAGUUUGGCAGGGCUGGUGAGGGGCGCCUUCCUUUCUCCGAACGGUUUUAUCAAUCGGACAAUGUUGCUUCUGGAAUGAAGGGAAGAAGUUUCUCAUGGAGGUCAGAAUCUGAAGCAUGGGAUUCAUAUGGUCAGCCGCGAAAUGGUCCUAUGAACUCUAGAAGAGGUUAUGGUACUGCUCCGGGGGAUAAUCGGGUACCGAGAACUGAUCAUGAGACGAAUCAAUUCAGUGGCAGGCGGGGUUGGGAAAAGGGAUCUGGGCCAUUUAGGCUCGGCGAAGGGCCUUCGGCAAGAAGUGUUUGGCAAGCUUCAAAGGAUGAGGCUACUUUAGAAGCUAUACGGGUAGCUGGAGAAGACAACGGAACUUCUAGAACUGUAGCAAGAGUAGCUGUUCCGGAACUAGAGGCUGAGGCUUUAACCGAUGAAAAUCCGGGGCCAGACAAAGGUCCACUUUGGGCAUCUUGGACUCAAGCUAUGGAUUCACUCCAUGCUGGUGAUGUCGAUUCAGCUUAUGCAGAGAUUUUGUCUACCGACGAUGCCUUGCUACUUGUAAAGCUGAUGGAUAAAUCUGGUCCAGUUUUUGAUCAGCUCUGUGGUGAAAUUGCGAUUGAAGUCUUGCACGCAAUCGGGCAGUUUAUAACAGAAGAAACCUUGUUCGAUAUUGCUUUAAGCUGGCUCCAACAGUUACUGGACCUCCUUGUCGAGAACGGAGCUGACUUCCUCAACAUUCCUCUCGACUGGAAGAGAGAGAUCUUGUUGAAUCUCCAUGAAGCUUCUGCUCUAGAACCACCAGAGGACUGGGAAGGGGCAUCACCAGAUCAACUAAUGACGCAUUUGGCUUCUGCCUGGGGUCUCAACUUGCAACAGCUCAUCAAGUAGAGCAUGCAAAAGCAGUAUCUCAACGUGAUCAACAAAUCUUUCUUCCAAGUCCUGGCCAGUUUGGUUAAGUACAAUCAUGUUAAAUAUGUGAUUGAAUCUGAAAGAGAAAUGUAGCCUUCUAUUGCACAUAAGCAACAACUUUUCGUAGGAUGAUGAUUGUGCUAGUGUUUUUUUUUUUUGCCGAGUUCCUACACUUUUAUGUUCAAACAGCAAAGCAAAUAUAUUCUCUAAUAUGUGAAUUUAUUAAUUUUGUUUUGAA